GCAACAUGAAAGCUCCCUCGGGAGGGUUUUGUUGGGAGAAGUGAUGAACUUACAGGAUACAUGCAGUUGGAAACUUGGCUUUUGGCAAACAUACAAGCCUUUGCCUUUCUGUGCUUGGUAGAGGCCGCUGUUUUUGAACUGGAUUCUGGCUGGAGGGAAAAAUCUUAUGUCAGAAUAAGUGGGUGCUAAGUUGAACUUUUAUUAUCAUCAGCUAAUGGCUAACAUUAUUAACCAAGUAUGGCUGACCACUGGGAAAGUGUCACUGGUGAAAGAGCCAAAUGACAUAUGAACUAGAUAUUUGUGGACAUCAAACACUCCAUCAAGCUGAAUGAAGCCAGGCUGACCAGUAAACAAAAUGAAUGAAUAUACCCCCUCAAUAAGAAGCGAUACUAUGUGAUGCUUAUGCAAAGGAGCAGGUGUUCCAAGCAAUGAAGAAAAGGGCAAAUUCCUCCCCCAGAUACUGAUGCAAGCCCAAAGAAAGGCAAUGAGCUCACCCUGUGGAGCACUCACCAUAUUUUCAUCCCACAGAUGCUGUUUCAGAGAUCAUCACAAAGAGAAGACUCAAUGCACACAAUGAUCGAAACAUCGCCGUGGAAGGAAGAGGACCGGCGAAGCGGGCUGGUGUGUGACAGCAGCGGGGCCAGCCGUGCCGCACCGUCCCGGCGGUGGGAUGCGCACGGAGAAGCUGCGUGCGAAAACGACCCUGAAGCAGCGGAAAGCGGCCGUACGGGAUCCGUUGCAAAAUGUGAAAAUGAAGGGGAAAUUCUACAGAUACCAUUUAUCACAGACAACCCUUGUAUAAUGUGUGUUUGCCUGAAUAAGGAAGUGACAUGCAAAAGAGAGAAGUGUCCCAUGCUUUCCAAGGAGUGUGCUCUCGUCAUUAAGCAGAGAGGAGCUUGCUGUGAACGCUGCAAAGAUUGCAGUUUUGGAGGAAAGAUAUACAACAGCUCUAUGAAAUGGCACCUCCCUAACAAUCCCUGUAUUACAUACCAGUGCCAGGAGGGAGUGAUAAUAGAGUCAGAGGUACAGUGCGUUGUUCAUUGCAAAAACCCAUCCAAAGUUGCGGGGAUGUGUUGUCCUAUCUGUCCAGGUUGUAUAUUUGAAGGGAGACAUUACAAUGAAGGAGAAGAAUUUAGGCCUGAAGGAAAUAAAUGUACCAAAUGCUCUUGUAUUGGUGGCAGGACACAGUGCAUCCAGGAUGUCUGCCCCAUUCUCUCAUGUCCCCAGCACCUCAGUCACACUCCUGCUGGACAGUGUUGCCCCAAAUGCUUAGGACAGAGGAAAGUGUUUGACCUCCCAUUUGGAAGCUGCCUCUUUCACAGCAACGUGUAUGAUAAUGGGUCCUCAUUUAUUUAUGACAACUGCACAAUGUGUACAUGCAAGGACUCAACAGUGAUAUGUAAGAAGAGGUGCUUACUUCCUGGAGAAUGCAAUAAAAACAAAGACCAUUGCUGCAAGGAAUGUAUCUCCUAUAUCUUUCCUGAGGAAGAGAAAGUGUGCAAGUUUGGUAAUAAAAUAUUCCAGGAUGGAGAGAUGUGGUCCUCUGUGAACUGCACCAUCUGUGCUUGUGUGAAAGGCAAGACAGAGUGUCACAAGAAGCAGUGCAUUCCAGUCAGCAGCUGUCCUCAAGGUAAAAUCCUGAACAGAAAAGGAUGCUGUCCUAUUUGCACUGAAAAGCCUGGAGUUUGCACUGUCUUUGGAGACCCUCACUACAACACUUUUGAUGGACGGACAUUUAACUUUCAGGGAACAUGUCAGUACGUUUUGACAAAAGACUGCUCCUCCUCUGCCUCACCCUUCCAGGUGCUGGUAAAAAACGAUGCCCGUCGGACCCGUUCUUUCUCCUGGACAAAGUCAGUGGACCUUGUGUUGGGCAGAAGUACUAUCAGCCUCCAGCAGCACCUCACAGUGAAGUGGAAUGGGACCCGCAUCUCACUACCUUGCGAGACACCUCAAUUUCAAAUCGAUUUGGAUGGUUAUUUGCUGAAAGUGACAACGAAAGCAGGCUUGGAAAUCUCAUGGGAUGGAGACAGUUUUGUGGAAGUCAUGGCCGCACCACAUCUGAAGGGCAAACUCUGUGGUCUGUGUGGCAACUACAAUGGGCACAAGCGAGAUGACCUAAUUGGGGGGGAUGGGAAUUUUAAAUUUGACGUGGAUGACUUUGCUGAAUCGUGGCGUGUGGAGUCCAAUGAGUUCUGCAAUCGUCCGCAGAGGAAACCUGUGCCUGAGCUCUGCCAUGGGACAGUCAGAGUGAAACUCCGGGCUCACCGGGAAUGCCAGAAGCUCAAAGCCUGGGAGUUUCAGGGCUGUCAUUCAACGGUGGAUUAUACAACUUUUUACCGGUCCUGUGUGACAGACAUGUGCGAGUGUCCAGUUCAUAAAAACUGCUAUUGUGAGUCAUUCCUGGCCUAUGCCCGAGCCUGUCAGCGAGAAGGGUUGAAAGUCCAGUGGGUGCCUGAGCAGCACUGUGCAGCAACCCAGUGUAAACAUGGUGCAGUUUAUGAUACCUGUGGUCCAGGAUGUGUCAAAACAUGUGACAACUGGAAUGAGAUUGGACCAUGCAACAAGCCCUGCAUUGCAGGGUGCCACUGUCCAGCAAAUCUAGUUCUUCACAAAGGAAGAUGCAUCAAACCAGUCCUAUGCCCACAGCGAUGACAUUUGUUCUCUCUCAGUGGACACUAACGUGGGUGUCACUGACCCCCCUGAUGCUCACAGCCAGUGAAGGACUACAGCUGUUUGUGUGCAGAUUCUGCAAUGUACACGUCUACUCACAGAGUGUAAAUAUGGUCCUGUGUGUGUAUUUAUGUUUGUUUAUGUAUACACACAUGGCACCGACAAAAAUAAAUGUAUACUGUGUGUAUGUAGACACACAUAUCUAUACACAAGUGCCCUAAGCAUAAUUACAACCCAUAUAUUUAUAUAUAUGUACACACACACAAAUAUACAUCAUUUCUAUAUAUCACAGAAGGAUGAAAUAUUAUAUGUAUAUUUUUUGCUAUAAAGUUUAUGUAUUAUUAUUUCUAAAACCCUAAUCUGUAAGUCAUUGUAUAAAUAAACCAGGUGUUUUUAAUAUAA